AUGGGACAGAGUAACAAUGUAACAGAAUUUAUCCUCCUGGGACUCACUAAAAAUAUGGAGCUCCAAAAAGCGUUAUUUGUCAUGUUUUUGUUCAUCUACGUUGUGACCAUGGCGGGCAACCUGCUUAUUGUGGUGACUGUUCUUUUCAGCCCCGCCUUAAAUUCUCCAAUGUACUUCUUCCUUGCCUAUCUCUCACUCAUGGAUGCCGUUUACUGCACCGCCAUUUCCCCCAAAAUGAUUGCAGACUUGCUUCGUGCUAAAAAGACUAUUUCCUUCUCAGCCUGCAUGGGCCAGCUUUUUAUAGCUCACUCUUUCGGCGGUGCUGAGGUUUUUCUCCUGGUGGCCAUCUGUAAGCCCCUCCACUACCUGACCAUCAUGAAUAGACGGGUUUGCAUUCUGUUGCUGAUGUUGUCCUGGGUUGGAGGUUUUACACAUUCUUUGGUUCAAAUUCUCGUUGUGUACAGCCUGCCUUUCUGUGGCCCUAAUAUCAUUGAUCACUUCAUCUGUGACAUGUACCCUUUGCUGGAACUGGCUUGCACUGACACCUAUUUUGUAGGUCUCACUGUGGUUGCCAAUGGUGGAGCCAUCUGUAUGGUGAUCUUUCUCCUUCUGCUGAUAUCCUACGGUGUCAUUCUAAAUGCUCUGAAGACUCACAGUCAGGAAGGGAGGACUAAAGCCCUGUCGACCUGCAGCUCCCACAUCACGGUGAUCAUCCUGUUUUUUGUCCCCUGUAUUUUCAUGUAUGUCAGACCAGUGGCUAACUUUCCCAUUGACAAGUCCUUGUGUGUAGUUUUUACAGUAUUCACUCCUCUGUUGAAUCCUAUAAUAUACACCUUUAGGAAUUCUGAAAUGAAAAAUGCUAUGAAAAGGCUUUGGAGUAAAAAGCUCACCGGAAGUAGGGUAAGAGUACUUGCCCGUAAUGAACACACCGUUGCUAAUUCUAAAGCAACACGCAGACAAUGA